GUAGUUCCCACAACCAAACAAGCCCAAACCCAAAAACCCGAUUCCCAUCUCCUCCUCCUCCCGAACUCCCGCCUUCUCCCUCUCCCUCUCUCGCCGGAAUCUCCCGCUCUCGCCGCAUCCGUUCGACCCCGCCGCCGCCGCUCGCUCCUCUCUCUCCGCCGAACGCUUCGGCUCCAUAUCGUCCUCGUCGUACUCGCUCCGCCUCUGCUCCCUCGGGCUCCCUCGAAUUGCUCUCCGGAGGGGAAUGAGAUUUCUUUGCAUAAAGUGUUGAAUUAGGUUGAUUGUUCGGUUAGAGAGCCUAGCAUCGGUUUCCAGGAGCUCGAUGUCCAGAUGAGCAGCUCAAGGGAGGAUUCACCCGACUGGCUCCGUGCUUUCAAGGCGCCUACAAAUUCAACUUUAACACUGUCCUCUGAUUCUGAUUAUUCUCAAAAUGACAGUCCUAAAAAGGAGGAUAAUGUUGAUACUGAUAAACUGCCUUUACGUAAGUUCAUUGAAGUCUCAAGUAAGAGCAAAUCUCGAGAUUUAGCAGUUAAAGAGAUUGGUGCACAUUCGGCUGAGAAGAUUCUAAAAGAGGAGUCUCCUAAACAAAGACUUGGAGUAGAUGAUCCAGGAUUCUCGAAAACUAAGAAAUCAUAUUAUCGAAAGAAAAGUGAAGGAGAUCAGAGACUUGGGAAGGUUAGGGAUGAAGUAUCAGCUAAAAAGCAGGCCCCAAAUCAUUCAAUUUGGACAUUGUCAUCAGAUUCAGAGUCAUCUCCUGCCAAUCACGUUAGAAAAGAAGGCAUUGCAAAUCAUGAAGAACUUCCUGAGAUAAAAGCAUCUAAUUUCCUAGAGGAAGAACAGGGAAAAGAUGCAUCUCUUAUUGAUGCUAAUAAAAAGUCUCCAUCAAGAAAGGCUUUAAAAGGAAAAGGUUUGAGAAAACAGCUGAAGUUGGAGGAUCCACCAGAUACGGAGAAUAAAACAGGGGAUGGAAGAGAUGUUGAAGUUGCAGAGGAAGAAACAUCUGAGAAGCAUAGAGAACUGCAUGUGGCCUCUUCAAGAUUGCCUUUGGUGCUUUCAGAGAAGGUUCAACGUUGCAAGGCGCUUGUUGAAUGUGAAGGGGAUUCCAUAGAUUUGAGUGGUGAUAUGGGCUCCGUGGGUCGAGUAGUAAUUUCAGAUACUCCAUCUGGAAAUCACGACAUGUUCUUAGAUUUGAAAGGAACCAUAUACAAAACAAACAUAGUUCCUUGCAGGACAUUUUGUGUUGUUAGCUUUGGUCAGUCAGAGGCUAAGAUAGAAGCAAUUAUGAAUGACUUUGUUCAGCUGAGUGCACAGUCCAACAUCAGCGAAGCUGAAACUAUGGUUGAAGGAACACUUGAUGGUUUCUCAUUUGAUUCGGAUGAGGAGCCUGAUAAGAUAUCAAAAGCCACUGCCCAUCAAAUUGAUCAAAACGAUGUCGGAGAAGGAGAGACCGUUAAGAAGACCAAAAGGAAGUCUGAGAAAGCAUCGGGAUUGCCUCGGAAGAAGGGUAAAACUAUGGGGAGCAAGCCACAGCCUGCCAAGAAAGUUCGGAAGAAGAGUCAAGUUUCCAAGAAAGCCACGGCCAAGAAAUGAAACCCGCAUAGAGUUGAUACAUUUUUUCCUUGAUAGAUUAGUUAACAGCUGAAAAUCUUGGACACGUAGUUAAUCAGAGUGACAGAAAGUAAGAGGCAUUGAAUCAUGUAAAACAGGCCGCGUUGCAGAACAGCGAGAGCCUUUAUACCAGAAAUGUUGUAGUUUCUUUGAUUCUUUUCUAAAUAUAAA